AUGCCGAAGGAGCAGCGCAGCGUUCCGAUGGGCGUCAUCACCGCCGAGCCUAUCCACGCAGUCUCCAAGAAGCUGAAGUUCGCCACGCAGGUUACCACCUUGGGCAAGGCGGCCCCACGCAAGGCGGCAAAGAAGAGUGAACCAGUGGGCCUUAAGACAGGCGGCAGCCAGAGCGGCAUGGUCUUCAACAAGGGCUUCGGGCAGCAUAUUCUGAAGAACCCGCUCGUCAUCGCCGCCAUCGUCGAGAAGGCGGCAAUUAAGCCUACUGACGUUGUGCUGGAGAUCGGUCCCGGAACAGGGAACCUCACUGAGAAGCUGCUGCAAACAGCAAAGAAAGUGAUCGCCUUUGAGGUGGACCCGCGAAUGGUGGCCGAGCUCAACAAGCGAUUCCAGAAUACCCCGCUCGCGGCGAAGCUGCAAGUGGUGCGGGGAAACUGCCUGGAGCACGAGUUCCCCUUCUUUGACAAGUGUGUGGCAAAUGUGCCGUACGCCAUUUCCUCCGCCCUAGUGUUUAAGCUGUUGAAGAAGCCAACGUUCAAGUGCGCGGUACUAAUGUUCCAGCGGGAGUUCGCCCUUCGUGUUUGUGCGCAGCCAGGCACCGAGGCGUACUGCCGCCUCUCGGUCAACUCCCAGCUCCUGGCGCGCUGCAGCCACUUGAUGAAGAUCAGCAAGAACAGCUUUAAUCCGCCACCGAAGGUGGAGUCGAGCGUCAUUCGACUCGAUCCGAAGCAUCCUGCUCCGGACGUGGACUUUGAGGAGUGGGACGGACUCGUCAAAUUUAUUUUCAACAGAAAGAAUAAGAAGGUGUCAUCUAUUUUCCGCACCAAGAACGCAGUGCAGACACUUUACAAGAAGUACUGCAGCUAUCAGAAGAUGGAGGGUUCCAAGGACGUCAAGAGCCUUGCUGAAUUUAAGGAGCACUUAGAGUCGGUGAUGCAAGAUCCCUUAUUCGAUAAGCGGGCGCGGAUGCUGGACCAGGAGAGUAUCAUGGACCUCCUCUGCCGCUUCACUACGAAUGGCAUUCACUUUAUUUAG